AAAAAUUCUCGUACCUCGUGGUUUUUCGGUUUGGAUUUUAAUGGUGAUUGGUUUAUCUCUCUUAAAAGCAGUACCUGGCUUUGGUGCUAAAACUUUGAUCCCGGAUAGAGGCGGCGUACUUGUAAAGGCAAGCACGGAGGUGCAAAAGAAGAUGGCAGCUAGCAAAAGCAAGAG